AUGGCAGCUAAGCGUGGCAGCAAAGCUCUUGGAGAGGCAAACCAGUCUCGGUCUGACAAUGAAGAAUUACUGAAAUCUCUGGGAACUCAACUGAAUGUUCAUUUCUCUAAAUAUGAUCAGUGGCAAAGGAGCAGUAGGAACGCAAAGUCACAAGUAUCUACAGGCCCAGAAGCCAAGAUAACUUUCAAAGUUGGUGCUGUACCUAGAGUACGACCUUCACGAUGUGUUUCAACAUCAGCUGGUAAAACUCAAAAGUCAGUGGCUAAGCUUGAAGAUGAAAAAAGAAAGCAGAAAGAAAUAAUUGAUGUACUUGAGCUCAAAAUAAAACACUGCAGACAGACAGCAGAUCUCUACAGAAAAAGGUCAACAGAGCUCAUUGAAAUGAAUCUAGAUAUAAUCAGAGGAAUUGAAAGUCAGGAACAGGCUGUGUAUGCAGAAGUGAAGAAACUGCUCAGAAAGUAUGAGACAUUUCAAGGAAGUGGAGCUGCUCUGAACUCACUUUUUGCUCAAGAGAUUUCAGAAGUGAAACAGGAACUGGAGCAAACCACAGAAAUAAUUCAGAGAAAAAUAAAAACACUGGAGGAAGCUGUUGAUAAAUUGGACAGAAAACUCAGAGUAAAGCAAAAAGAGGUGCAGUUUCUACGUAAUUAUAAAGACAAAGAGUAUCCAGUGAAAGAACUGAUUAUCUCAAAAUUACUUAUGGAAAUAGACAGUGUGAAAAACUUAAACCAGGAAGAUCAGGAAGAUCUGGAGCACAUAAUAGAGACUGAGCUCGGAAAAUAUGGCAGAGAGAGAAUACGUCUGGCGAAUAAUAUCAUAUGUAAAUCUGCAGAGGAAACUGUUGCUUUGAUACCCCCUGGACUGGAGAAAAUGGCUCUACAAAACGUGAUGAUGAAAAAAGAGAUAGAAGUUCACAAGAUAGAGCAGGAAAAUCUCAUUCAAGAAAACAAGAAACUGCAGCAGGAAGUGGCAGAGCUCAUUAAACAUCCAAAGUCAAAUUUACGUCUGCAGUUAUUUCCAGAAAUCUUCCCAGCAAAAGAAAAGUGUGACCCAGACACAGAAGUGGUUCUAGACAUCCCCACACAGGAAUGGAUAUCGCUGUGA